UUACUCUGGCCCCACCGCCUCUCGCGGCAGGAGCCAACCAGAGGAGGGAGGGGCUGCUCAGGGGCCGCUCCGAGACUAUAUAUAUAAAGCAGCCCUGGCCAUCCCCGCCCCGCAGAAGCCCUGCCAGCUAGCAGCGGAGACCAGACAGCAGCACGGGAUACCUGGGGGCAGCCUCAACCUGAGGUCUACCGAGUCGAGAGCUGUGGGGAUACUCCUUUUGGGAAGGCAGGAAGUGGGAGCUGGGCGCUAGGGAAACUGUUUUCCAAGGAAAGUUUGGAGGAGAGUGGAAUUUAGGGAGAGGGGAGGCUUUCCUUAUGUAGCAUUCAGUUUACUCACUGAUUGUUCUCGGCUCUCCUCUCCCUUCCUUAUCUUCCCCGGAAUUUCCUAUCCAGUUCUCCCUUCCUUUUUUUAAUUUGCACAUACACACCCUGCCUCCAUUUCCCCCUCUCCCGUCCAUUUUUCUUGCCUCCUCCUUUUUCCUUCCCCUAAUUUCUUUUCCUCUUUGUCCCAUCGAUCCUCCUAUUCUCCUUUCUUUCCAUCUCCUUCUACCUUUUCACAUCCCACUCCCGAAUCAUCUUUAUCUUUCCUACCUCCACCUCCCUCCGCUCCUUCUGUAUUCUCCUAUUCUCCACCCCAUGGAUAACUUCCCUCUCUGGACUGUCAACUUCACCCCAUGGAGUUCCCCCUCACCCCCAAACGCCACUACACCGUGGUUAGGUCGGGAUGAGGAGCUAGCCAAAGUGGAGAUUGCUGUGCUAGCCACCAUCCUGGUGCUGGCCACUGGGGGCAAUUCAAUAGUGCUGUUGGCCCUGGGUUGGCCUGGCCGUAAACGGUCCCGGAUGCACUUGUUUGUGCUCCACCUAGCCCUGACUGAUCUCGGGGUAGCACUCUUCCAGGUGUUGCCCCAACUGCUGUGGGACAUCACCUACCGUUUCCAGGGGUCAGAUUUCCUCUGCCGGGUGGUCAAAUACCUGCAGGCCCUAAGCAUGUUUGCUUCCACCUACAUGCUGCUGGUCAUGACCUUGGACAGAUACCUGGCUGUCUGCCACCCACUUCGGACCCUCCACCAGCCCAGCCGAUCUGCCUACCCUUUCAUUGCUGCCACCUGGCUACUUGCCGCUGGCCUCAGUCUCCCCCAGGUCUUCAUCUUCUCACUAAGGGAGGUGAGCCAAGGCACUGGGGUGCUGGACUGCUGGGCUGACUUCCAUUUCCCCUGGGGGCUUCAGGCUUAUAUCACAUGGACCACACUGGCCAUCUUUGUCCUUCCCGUGGCCGUCCUCAUCGCCUGUUACAGCCUCAUCUGCUAUGAGAUCUGCAAAAACCUGAAGGGCAAGACUCAAACUCGGGGAGUGGGAGGAAGGGCCCGAGGGGCUGUACAGGGAGGGGGCGCCUCUUUCCAGGUUCUAGCUGGGGCCACCCGGGGCCCACCAUCUCGAGUCAGCAGCAUCAGCACCAUUUCCCGAGCAAAGAUCCGAACGGUGAAGAUGACCUUUGUCAUUGUGUUGGCUUACAUUGCCUGCUGGGCGCCUUUCUUCAGUGUCCAGAUGUGGUCUGUGUGGGAUGAGAAUGCUCCUGAUGAAGAUUCCACCAAUGUGGCUUUCACCAUCACUAUGCUUCUGGGCAACCUCAGCAGCUGCUGCAACCCUUGGAUCUACAUGUGUUUUAGUAGCUACCUGCUACCAGCUCCAUUGCGUGACCUCUCCUGCUGUGGGCAGCCCCAAACUGGUCUCAAGAGACAGCUCUCCAGUGGCAGCCUCUCUAGUCGUCGGGCCACCCUCCUCACCAGAGUCAGCCACCCACCCCACCUCAGCCUCAGUGGGAGUUCCCGACCGGAGGAGAACCUGAAGGAUUUCUUUGCACCCAGUGAGGAUACCAUCACUGAGACCAGAGCCCUCUAGAAGAAUCCCCGGAGGGGCAGCAAAUCUUUUUCGUUUGGGGGGGAUAUCCCUGUUCAUUCCCAAGUCUUUUUUAAAGUGGGCAGAGGUGUAGGGAUGGGUUUAGAGUAGCUCCUCUUUCAGAUGGAAAUGCUGGCUGGGUCAUCCUGGUCCUUCGUUUAGGGACAUCCAGGAAUCCUCUGUUUCUCCUAAAGAUGUUUCAAACACAUGCAUAUUUAAAAUGACUAGAUGUGGCUUUUUCUCUUUGACUUAAGAUGUCCAGCUCCUGCCUCCUCUUGUGACCCAUCCUGGGAACUAGAGAUUCAGUCAUAUAGAGCAGAGCCCACCAUCUCCUUCAUGGAUAUUUCAACCCUCUAAGAAUCUCUGGUUUGAUUGAACUUAAACCCACUUUAGUCUAAUUGACAGUCUUGUAGAGUUGCUCUGGCUUAAAAAAAAAAAGUAUUGUCCUGUAGUCAAUCUGAGGAUGAGCUUCUCCAAACUUCAUCUAGAUCAUAGAUGUACAAGCCCUCACUCAUCCUGUAUUCAGACCCUUUCUAUCAUGCUAGGGCCUGCCAGAUUUGGGUGGACUUAAGCCCUAAAUCACUUGGUGGUGCCAGUGGAGAAGGAUGUUUGUGUGUCUUGGAUCAGCCCCAAAUCCCAAUGGUGGUGGGAGAUCCCAUUGUCUCAAAUCCAAAGUUGGCAUGACCAGAGAUCAGCCCAGAGAUUCAGUAGGGUUCUCCAACUAACCUUCAAUAGAGAAAAAUAUCUUUAUAGUAACAACUCUUUGGGCAGCUAGGUGGCUCAGUGGAUAGAGUGCUGAGCCUUGGGGUCAGGAAGACUCAUCUUCCUGAGUUCAAAUCUGGCCUCGCACACUCACUACCUAUGUAACCUUGGGUAAGUCACUUAACCCUGUUUGCUUCAGUUUCCUUAUCUGUAAAAUGAGCUGGAGAAGGAAAUGGCCAACCAUUGGAGCUGAGAAAAUCCUCAAAAGGGAGUCACAAAGAGUGAGACACGAUUGAAAGAAAUGACUAAACAACAGUAAACAACCCUAUUGUUUAGAGAGGAAAAUAAUGAUCUUGCCUUGUCAGCAGAGCUAUAAAUUCUAACUCCUACCUUGGUCAGAUUAGCCACCCUUGCCUUAGAGCAGGGGUUCUUAACCUGGACCCCUUGGGCAGUCUAGUGAACCCUUUCUAAGAAUAACAUCCUUAAAUGUAUAAAAUAAAAUACAUAGGAUUACAAAGGAAACCAAUUAUAUUGGAAUUGAGUUAUCUGAAUGUCUGUCUGUCUGUCUCUCUCUCUGUCUCUGUCUCUCUCUCUACCUCUCUCUCUCCCUCCCUCUCUCUCCCUCCCAUAUAUUUUUUUGUUUUUGUUUUUUUAAGAAACCAAGUUCAUGGAGAAAGCUAGAAAGGCUCCUGUGGAGGAUGAAUCUCUGACCUUUCCCUGAUGUACCCUAACCUGGUUAGAUGGUUACUGUGAAUUUUACUAAAGGAGAUUCAGCCAAUUUGCCUCUAAAUACAAUUAGAAGCUCCUGUCUCUUUGGAAAGCAUCCUCUUUUCCCAUGCUGCCUCUCAUCCCUUUCCAAUAAGAUUUUCAUUAUAGAUGGUAUUACUUUAUAAAUAAAAUUAGUGAGCUUUAGUUCCACUUUCCCCUCAGGCUUUACUAAAAAAAUUAAAAAAGACAAUCCAUUUUGUGGGGUAAUGGAAAAACCCAUGGAUUUAGACAGAAGACCUAGGUGAUCAGUUGAAUCACUUUCCCUCUCUCUAUUAUCCGUUUUCUCAUCUGUAAAAUGUAGGGUUGUACUGGAUGAGCUCUAAGGUUUUGUCCAACUCAAACAGUCUGAGAUCCUGAUAUGUGAACUCUUCCAACAUCUUCAUCUGAGUAUAGUGCUAGUUAUAUUUAGGGACUUGGAAUUAGUCCUAUAGUUACAAUAGUCUUGGUUUGAGACACUUUAUUUAUUUCCCACUUAUGGCCAUUAAUGUAUCAUUCCCCUCCUCUCUUCAAUCAUGUUGGGUCUCUCAUCUCUUGUCUCAGCCUAUAUUUAAUUGAGCCUUUGGGGCAGACACUCCUCAGGCUCCCCAAGAGGCUUUGCAAGAGUCUUUCUCUUCCUUAUUGAUCAAGACAUCUUAAUCUUAAUGACUGUAGGUAGGUGCGACCUGUUCCCAAGAGUUGGUCUAGAACUAGAAUUACUGAGCUUAGCUUGAUAUGAUUCAAGCUAUCUGAAAAUCAGAGGCCUGGGAUUAAAGAUUAGGAAAUCAAAAACCCUUCCUUCCGUUAAAGUAAUCCUUGGGAACACAUUUGGUAUGCUCAAUCAGGAUUUUAGAACUGGAAAGUAUGUUAGGAGUUAUCUAAUUCAGAAAUGUUUUAUUCACCCCAUGUCAGGCUGUGUGCAACCCACAAAAUUCCCUGGAGGGGUCUAACCAGAAUAAUUACAAACUUGGAAAAUGUUCAAUAACAUAAAUAAAGAUAGAACAUAGAUGAUGUUAUUUUGUGGUUUUCUGAGACAAUAUGCUGCCUCCCACCCCAAUCUGUUUCUAUUUGAAUUUGAUACCACUUAGGAUAUUGAAGGAACUGAGGAGAUUUAGUUUUUUGAUGGGGUGAGGGUUAAGGAAGGAUGGGGAGGGGCAAAGAAAAAUGAUAUAUUUUUCAGAAAGAGGAAAACCAAGUUACCAAAAUGAAAAAAGAAUUUAUAAUACAUGGUAAGGAAAUUGUUAAAAAUUUGCCUAAUUUUAUGUCAACAAAACUGAUACAUUAAGUAUGUGACUGCUUAGAGAAAUGGAAAAAUAUUCUGACCAACAAAAUAGAAAAUAGAAAAUGUGAAUAAUCUGAUCUCAGAAAAAGAAGACAAGCCACAAAUAAACUCUGGAAGGAAUUAUAUAUGAGUUGUGUAUGUGUGUGCAUAUAUGUGGGAAAUCCAAGCCUAGAUGGAUUUAUGGAUGAAUUCUAUUUAUAAUAAAGAGAUCUGAAGUUUCAUGUA